AUGUUGAGGCUCAAGGUGCUACGAUGGGCCUGUCUGGUGGGUGAGUGACCGACCUCUCCAUUUAUCCAAGAGGAAGCCUGGCUGGAUUUCUGGUUUGAGAUCAUCUUUGGCUCUGUAUGGCCUAUAACUGCCAUUGUUCCUGACUGGCUUGGUUGUAUAUUCUGGCUGGUGCUCUUUUCUGACAGCUCCUUUUAACGUGGAAGUCAGACAUAAAAGUCAACAUGGGCCUUAGUCCAUUGAUCUGAUCCCACUGUGAUUUUAACUUAUUCUGCCUGGUCUGGAUUUGAAGAAAACUGGACAUUUGGGGUGGGUGGGUGAGUUAAGAAGUCUCUUAUGAACUAUUCCUUCGCAAUGAAUUGUGAAAUUGGGUGUUGCCGUCAUCGUUUCUUAAGAGGUAAAAGUAAAGGGACCCCUGACCAUUGGGUCCAGUCAUGACCGACUCUGGGGUUGAGGCGCUCAUCUCGCUUUAUUGGCCGAGGCAGCCGGCGUACAGCUUCCGGGUCAUGUGGCCAGCAUGACUAAGCCGCUUCUGGCGAACCAGAGUAGCGUACGGAAACGCCAUUUACCUUCCCGCCGGAGCGGUACCUAUUUAUCUACUUGCACUUGAUGUGCUUUCGAACUGCUAGGUUGGCAGGAGCAGGGACCGAGCAACGGGAGCUCAUUCCGUCGUGGGGAUUUGAAGCACUGACCUUCUGAUUGGCAAGUCCUAGGCUCUGUGGUUUAACCCACAGUGCCACCCGCAUCCCUCCUUCUUAAGAGAUAUUCAUUGGUAAAUAAAAAGUUUAGGUUUGAUAAGUCAGUCAGUAGAACCUCAGUUUUUGAGUGUCUCGGAAGCCAAACAAUUCAGAAUCUGAACACUGAAAACCCGGAAGUAAUUGCUUCCAUUUUCGAAUGCGCCUCAGAAGUUGUACGGCUUCCGAGGCAUGUUUUUCAUUGUUUCCCAUUAACUUUGCAGCCAGCCCAUUGAUCCUCAGUUUCCGAACAUAUCGGAAGUCGAACAGUCUUCCGGAACGGAUUAUGUUCGAAAACCGAGGUUCCACUGUAUUUAACAAGGUUUGGGUGCAGUGGUUCAGUAAUAUUCAGUAAUUUUGAAUUUGGUCAAGUAGCUGGUUUUAAAUUAAACAAGAUGAAAACCAAGGUAUUAGAGAAAAAUCUUACAGAGAUAGAGAAGGAGAGGUUCCAGAAAGAGACAGGAUUAACAAUUGUUAAUAAAGUGAAAUAUUUAGGGGUGAAUAUGACUGCUAAAAAUGUGAAUUUGUUUAAAGAUAAUUAUGAAAAAUGUUGGUCAGAGGUGAAGAAGGAUCUAGAAAUAUGGUCAAAAUUGAAGUUAUCAUUGCUUGGCGAAUUGCUGCGAUAAAGAUGAAUGUACUGCCUAGAAUGUUGUUUCUGUUUCAAACAUUACAAAUUGUGGACAAAAUGGACUGUUUCAAGAGGUGGCAAAGAGACAUUUCCAAAUUUAUCUGGCAGGGCAAAAACCUAGAAUAAAAUUUAAGAUAUUAACAGAUGCGAAGGAAAGAGGGGGAUUUGCCCUGCCAGAUCUUAAACUUUAUUAUGAAGCAGCCGCUUUUUGCUGGCUGAAAGAUUGGCUACUUCUUGAAAAUGUGGACAUUUUGGAUCUAGAAGGUUUUGAUAACGUUUUUGGAUGGCAUGCAUAUCUAUGGUAUGACAAAGUCAAAGCGCAUAAGGCCUUUAAGAAUCAUAUUGUCAGGAAAGCAUUGUUUAAUGUUUGGGUGAGAUAUAAGGAUUUGUUGGAAAGUAAAACACCAAGGUGGCUGUCACCAAUGGAGGCAAAGGCAUUGAAAAAAACUAAUAUGGAGACAAACUGGCCAAAAUAUUGUGAAAUCUUAGAACAAGUUGGUGAUAAACUAAAAUUGCAGAGCUUCGACAAAUUAAAAACUAAAGUUCGAGAUUGGCUGCAUUAUUAUCAAAUAAGGGAGGUUUUUAAUAUAGAUAAAAAGAUUGGUUUCCAGGAGGAAAAAUCUAAACUGGAAACGGAAUUGUUAGAACCUAAAACUAAAAAUCUGUCAAGAAUGUAUAAUCUGUUGUUGAAAUGGAAUACACAGGAUGAAACGGUCAAAUCUGCUAUGAUUAAAUGGGCGCAAGAUGUUGGGCAUAACAUUAUGUUUGCUGACUGGGAACGGUUAUGGACCACAGGUAUGAAAUUUACGGCUUGUAACGCCUUAAGAGAAAAUAUAAUGAAAAUGAUUUACAGGUGGUACUUAACCCCAGUCAAGCUAGCAAAAAUUUAUCAUUUGCCUGAUAAUAAAUGUUGGAAAUGUAAAGAAAAUGAAGGUACUUUUUUCACCUUUGGUGGACGUGCCCAAAGAUCAAGGCCUUCUGGGAAAUGAUAUAUAAUGAACUAAAAAGGUAUUGAAAUAUACUUUCUUGAAGAAACCAGAGGCCUUCCUCUUGGGCAUGGUCGGUCAAUUGGUGCGAAGGGAAGACAGGAAUUUUUUAUGUAUGCGACAGCAGCAGCAAGAAUACUCAUUGGGAAAUACUGGAAGACACAAGAAUUGCCUACCCGAGAAGAAUGGCAGAGAAAAGUGAUUGACUAUAUGGAACUGGCUGAGAUGACCGGCAGAAUUCGAGAUCAAGAAGAAGGGUCGAUGGAAGAAGAUUGGAAAAAAUUUAAAACAUAUCUUCAGAAUCACUGUAAUAUAAAAGAAUGUUAGAAAAGGUUGGAGAAGAAUAUUAGACCAUAUUGGCAGACAGAGUAUAAUGGAAUUAAGUAAAUAUGAAGUGUAAAAUAAAAGAUAGAGGAGAAUUAAAUAUUUUGGAAUGUUAAAAUAAGUAAAUGAAAAGAAGGUUAAAAGGAUUUGCUGGAGAUACAAUUUGAAUUAGAAUACAAAGCAGAGAAGUGAGAGGAAGUCACGGAAAUAAGUAAAUGGGAAAACGGCUCUAAUGGUUUAAGUUGAAUUUUUCUUUUGUUAUUUUUUAUUGUGAUUUUUUGUCUUGUGCAUUUUUCUUGGUAUUGUGUGUUUUUCUUGUAGGAUGUAUGUGAUUAGUUUUUCUUUCUUCACUUUUUUCUUUUUCUGUAAUCUUAAAAUUUGAAUAAAUAUUAUAUAUAUAUAAAAAAAAGUAAUAUUCAGUAAUUUUAUUUACAAAAAAUAUUUAUAUGCAACUACAUGUUUAAAAAACAGAAAAAAGCUUGCAACAACAGCAUCUAUAGGCAAUAAAAGCAAUGUAAAAAAAUUUGGAGACCAUCAACGAUUACAGAAACACAUUUUAUUUAUUUGCCUGCACAAGCUUGGUGGCAGAGAAAAGUUCAGCAAAUUUUGCAUCUCUGUUUUGGACAAUAGGUGUCCCCCUUCUACUUUCUGGUCGCUCAGUAAUGAACUACUGCGGCCUGUGCUAUUGUGAGGGAAUCUACGUAGAAGUGUCUGUAUUCAAUAUUGGGUGAAGGAACACCAUCUUUUAUAACAAGUGCAUGACAGUGUAAUCUUAUGUAUUUUUACUCAGGUGUACGUUUCACUGUGUUCAACAGUGAAAAUGUGCGUAAGAUUUAGCCUGAAAGUCAGACGGAUGACUUAUUGUGCUUCUCUCUUGGCCUUUCAACUGCAGAAGGGUGGUUUUGGGUUUUGUUUUGUUUUUAUUGUGUGGAAGUAUUUUAGAGACGGUUGUUUUUGCUGUGGUAUUGGCAGUUAAUGCUUUACAAAGGACCCAUUCAUCUGAGUGCAGUUGAGGGCGUCACAGAAUAGCCUGAUCAUGUGUUGCUUUUGUCUCCUUGUACUCCUUAUCUUUUAAAAGGGACGCAGGUGGCGCUGUGGGUUAAACCACAGAGCCUAGAACUUGCCGAUCAGAAGGUCGGCGGUUCGAAUCCCCACGACGGGGUGAGCUCCCGUUGCUCUGUCCCUGCUCCUGCCAACCUAGCAGUUCGAAAGCACAUCAAGUGCAAGUAGAUAAAUAGGUACCGCUCUGGCGGGAAAGUCAACGGCAUUUCUGUGCGCUGCUCUGGUUCGUCAGAAGCGGCUUAGUCAUGCUGGCCACAUGACCCGGAAGCUGUACGCCGGCUCCCUCGGCCAAUAAAGGGAGAUGAAUGCCGCAACCCCAGAGUCAUCCACGACUGGACCUAAUGGUCAGGAGUCCCUUUACCUUUACCUUUACUCCUUAUCUUUGUAGUAACUUAAUUUCCUAUUGGACUUUUUAUAACAUGCUGUUAUAAGAAAAAACUUCUCCCUUUCCAUUAUGGGGUAUUCCAGAGCCCGUAGAGAGUCCUUAAGUGGGUUCCCUAUCGGUAGGAGAAAAUAACAGAGGCCAACCAGAGAAUAUUGAGAAACAAAGCGGCUAGUAAGCCUGACCUUUAUUAAAGGAACUGUUGCAACAGAGUCCCCACUCAUCACACACAAGAGGGAGGAGAACCCUGAACAAUGGUGCUCAAGCCCUUUUAUAGACUUUUUAAAUUGCCCACCCUGUAGCCCAAGACCACCCCGCAAAACAUCAUACAUACAUCACAGAAAGAGGUGGUCUACAGCAGAAAUCCUGUCUUCCAGGAUACCUGAUAACAGUCACUGAUUGCAUUACCUGGGCAGUCUGGCUAUUCUUUUGUGGUGGUUAAUACUUUAGUUCUUGAAUCCAGGUCAAAGGCUCACCCUAUUCAUGCACAAAUACGCCCUUAAAGACAGGAUUUGCAAGCAAAAAGACAAUGGGAAGGAUUUCCCCAUUUGCCGCCCUUACUGCAGAGGAAUAUUUGAGGUCAUUAGGAGAGUCAAAAUGGCUCCAGUAUUGCUCUCCUGUACUAUUUCAGACACAUGGUUCAUAUAUUUAGAUAUAUGUGCAUUUAUGAAUAUCUAUUCUAUAUUUGAGACCUUAAAAUUCUUAAAACAUCUCCUUGUUCUCCUUUUCUUUGUAGUAAAUUAAUUUCCUCUUGGACUUUUUAUAACAUGUGUUUUGUUUUGUAACAUGUGUUGUAACAGCCAUUGGCUAUAAGCGAUAAAAAUCUGACAGACGGAUAACUUCUCCUUCAGGGUUCCUAAUCUUCCUGGCACAGUUGAUCCCGAGGACUUUGUCCUACCAACCAGGCAGCCCCCUCACGACUGACGAGUACCUGGACUUUUUUGCGUCCAUGAGGCCCAAGUGGAAGGCAAGCGUGGUGUGUCAGAUCCGACAUAGCAAAGGUUGCCAGGAUCCUAAAAUCCUACAGCUGGAUCAGUAUGAGAACCAUGGCGAGAUCCCAGAUGGUAUGUGCAGAUCACUGGUUCACGCUUCAGAUUCCCACCAGAACCCUUUUGUGGUGAGAGACUCUGGUUGCACUUUCUUCAAUAUAUGAUUCCCGCCAACAACAACCUUUUCUGCAGUCUGUAAAUCUACAGAUCUCUCUGAAUAUGGCCUGUAAAUGUCUGUGCGGGUCCUAUGGCAACCAUCCUCAACUUUUUCAGACUUCAGGCCAAGCUUUAAAACCAAUUUUCAGCAUAGAACCAACUUUUGAAUUUUUUUUUAAACAAAACUUUAUAAUUUCUUCUUUCACAAGGCAUAUCUACACUGGCGAAAUGCAGGGUUUGCAGUAUUUCUUAACCCUGGGGAACCCUUGGAAUUGUAGUUCUGUCAGGAUGGGGCAGAGAGGUGACUAAUAAAUACUUUUUAGUAUCUGUAGCAAAAAUACUUUUUAGUAUCUGAAGAUGUCAAGGAAAUAAACAACCAUCUGACUUUUAGAAGAUAUCUGAAGGGCAGUCCUGUUUCGGGAAGUCUUUAACGUUUGAUGUUUUAUCGUGUUUUUAAUAUUCUAUUGGGAGCUGCCCAGAGUGGCUGGGGAAACCCAGCCAGAUGAGCAAGGUAUAAAUAAUAAAAUUAUUAUUAUUAUUAUUAUUAUUAUUAUUAUUAUUACUACUACUAUUAUUAUCUAGCAAACUACAGUUCACAAAAGGAGCAUAGCUAUCGCAAUCAGCGAAUAUAGAACAAACAAAAGAUAUACCGUAUUUUUCACUCUAUAGGACGCACUUUUUCCCCUCCAAAAAUUAAGGGGAAAUGUGUAUGCGUCCUAUGGAGCAAAUGCAGGCUCCUUGGCUUCAGCGAUAGCAACGCGAAGCCUCCGAAGCACAGAGGGAGCGCUCCCUCUGUGCACCCACCUCUCUCGCUCUCCAGGCUUCAGGGAUAGCCACCUGAAGCCUCCGGAGCACAGCAGGAACUUGCGCUGCGCUCCGAAGGCUUUGGGUUCCUUUUGCUGAAGCCGGGAGAGCAAGAGUCUCCUGGCUUCAGCAGAGAGGGAGAGCUGCGCAGCGCCCCUUCAGCCAAGUGGGAGGAGAAAUGGAAGGGGUUCCGUUUCUCCUGCUGCUUCACUGAAGGGGCGCUGAGCAGAGAGGGGGAGAUUUUCUUUUCUUGUUCUCCCCCUCUAAAACAAGGUGCGUCCUAUGGACGGGUGCGUCCUAUAGAGCGAAAAAUACGGUAUAUUGCUAGACAUGCCCCAUCUCUCUUUCCUUCUCUCUCCAUGCGCCUCUUAUUUUUCUAUUUCUCUUCAAAAAUUAAAAUACAAUGGUGGCUUUGCCAGGGAAGCAACCCUCCUUAGGUCGGGCCAAGACCCACUUGUGGAUCCACACUCAGCCUACUAGAUGAAGGCCUAAGAGAAGAAACAGAAGAUGCUCUAGGCGUUUUCAUCGGCUCACCUUUACUGCCGUUCUGUUCAGGGAGGACACAAUUCACCCGGAAACAGACCUGUGCAAGGCUUGCCCAGGAGUACCUUGGAGUGGAUUGUGCCCUUUCCCUGCUUUGAUUCCCCAAACCACAACUGUAACUAUUAAUCUGGAUUUACAUGGGAAGGGGAACGGGCUUUCAUUAGUCUGCAACGAUAAUUUGAUGCAAUUCUGAAUGUCUUGUGCUUUGGAAGCAAAACAAUGUAAAAAUUCUCCUCCCAGCUUUAAGGGAUUGGGGGAAAAGAAAUUGGCCAAAGGUAGUUUGUUGUUUGGCAAUAUACUGCCACAGACCCCUCAAUCAUUAGAGAACAUAAGUGUAUAGCUCAGUUCAACAACGGGUGCAUUUGUUUACUUCUGAGCAAUGCUGGAGGAUAUGGUACUUUUCGUUCUUCCUUCCCAUGGUAAGACUUUUCGCCUUCUGCUUCCAGGUCCCAUCUGUGCAGAUCUUCCUCACGUCAUACGUUUUGAGACUUUUUGUCUAUUUGCACAGUUUCGGUGUUCAAACCGGAGAUUCUACGUCAAGGUGAGGAGGAGAGAUGUAUGUCUGCCCGCUUCAAUAGAGCUCCUGUUUUUAGAAGAAUACGAAAUUCUGAGUGAUUUGGCAGAAGGUUGAGGCAUGUGGAUAUUGUUAAGCUCCCUUAAUAGGUUACCCUUCACCUUCCCACAUAACUGGAGGAUUUCAGGAGGGUUAGUGCAGAGGCACAGAUAGAGAUACCGGACAAGGUCCUACAUGAGAAGAUGCCCAGAGCAGAUCUGGAACAAAAAUGCAGACUGAGAGUGGACGGGCAAGCCGAGAUGGCUGGGGCGAGGCAGGGUCCCACACAAACCAGACCACAGUCUUACUGAUGCUUUUGCAAGGACCCAGCAGCUUGCCUUGAGAGGUGGAGUUACACUGAGACCUGAUAGCACAAUGCUAUAUAGUGGUACAGUGGUACCUCGGGUUACAUACGCUUCAGGUCACAGACUCCGCUAACCCAGAAAUAUUACCUCGGGUUAAGAACUUUGCUUCAGGAUGAGAACAGAAAUCGUGCUCCGGCAGCGCAGCGGCAGCAGGAGGCCCCAUUAGCUAAAGUGGUGCUUCAGGUUAAGAACAGUUUCAGGUUAAGAACAGACCUCUGGAACGAAUUAAGUACUUAACCCGAGGUACCACUGUUCUCGAAGCUACAAACAUGAGUCUGACCCAACUGUGGGAGGCAGUGGAAGACAGGAGUGCCUGGCGUGCUCUGGUCCAGGGGGUCACGAAGAGGCAGACACGACUAAACGACUAAACAACAACAACAGCCACUGUACUUUGGUACUCAAAUGGCUUGGCUCCUGAACAAAUCUGCUCCUGAACCCCGCAAACCCGGAAGUGAGUGUUCUGGUUUGCAAACGUUUUUCAGAAGCCGAAUGCCCAAUGCGGCUUCAGAUUGAGUGCAGGAAGCUCCUGCAGCCAAUCAGACGCUGCGCCUUGGUUUUUGAACCGUUUUGGGAGUCGAAUGGAUUCCCGGAACGGAUUAAGUACAAGGACCGAGGUACCACUGUAUCAGUCUUCCUCCAUUUUGCAGCCUUGACAACAAGGGGCACCCAGUGCACAGGCCAAGAAACUUCUGCCUUAAAUACGCUAUUCAGAAAUCAUGGCUGUCAGGAGUUUGUUACAUUAUAGAAGGUGUAUUUUCUUACGAGUCCCUUGCCUUUGCUCAGAUCUUAGGGCAAAUGUUUGGAUGGGCAGGCAUAUUUCACUCAUUUCCCCCCCACUUUUAAUUUGUAUACUGUACCACCUUUCUAUAUUACCAUAUCCAAGGCGGUUUACAACCUGAAGAAACAACAAAAUAGACAGCAAAGAUCGCACACCUAUUAACAAUCUGAUCCAAUACAAAAAAGUCAUAAUAAAAACACAACUUUAAAAUAAACAACUUAUAUCAAAUACAGUCGUACCUUGGUUUUCGAACACCUUGUGAGUCGAACGUUUUGGCUCCUGAACAUUGCAAACUCGGAAGUGGCUGUUCCGGUUUGCAAACUAUUUUUGGAAGCCGAGCGUCCGAUGGGGCUUCUGCAGCUUCUGAUUGGCUGCAGGAGCUUCCUGCAGCCAAUCAGAAGUCGUGCUUUGGUUUGCGAACAUUUUGGAAGUCAAACGGACUUCUGGAACGGAUUCUGCUUGACUUCCAAGGUACGACUGUAAAGCAAUAUUCAAUAAUUCGCCAGAAUGUAAGAGUAAACAGUAAAAUGAAAUAUCAGCAAAUAAAAAUUACACUUAACAAUUACAAUAAAGAAUCACUAAACUGCAAUCGGUAAAGAUAAUGGCAAGUCACAGUGCAUAAAAUACCACAAAACAUACAAAACCAUGUAGAAGGGUCAAACUGAGAAGCAAGGGCACACAACUUAUAAUUAAAAAAAAAAAAAUCCCUGAACUACUCAUGCUCUUACCAGCUGCUGAAAUUUUAAUUUAUAGGGGGAUUAUGCAAUUGCCACACUUUCCUGUCUUUUCUUUUUCCGGUCCUUUAUAUCUGCUGCAGCAAGCAGGACUUUAAUAUUGCCUUGGUUCCAGGCUGGAAGGACUGAGGAACGAAUGCAGAGAAGGGGUUGUGCUGUUAACACAACCAGACAUCCCUAAUUCCACUGCCUGUGGUGGAUAGGAUCAUUUCACCGUGGCCUCUUGGCCCAGCAGGUUUUGCAGUUUCUUUUGUGGUGCUUCCAAAACUUGCAAAACCUGCGUGCCCAGAGAAGCAACAGUGACUGUAGCUUCCCAAUGCUUUUUUAUUCCUGGCCCUGCCUCAUCUUCCUUAGGAGGGGUUGAUCUGCUUUCAAGCAGGAGACGGGUGAUACCUUUUUUUUUCAGAUAAUGUAUUAAAUUAUGGUUGUUUCAAGACAGAACAUUGCUCUUUGUGUGCAUGUUCUCCCUUUCCUUUUGCCCCCGGUAAUCGGGUUUUGAAGAUUUAAUAUUAUUUGGAAAACCUGCCUGAAAUAUACUCGGAGUCGAGAGUGGAUUUCAUGCUCUUUAUUCAGCUCAUAGUGGUGAGGAGGAAUCAAAGUUCCCCCACAAUAUCUGCUUUAUAUACAUUAUUUACACAAUGGGCUGCCCGUGAUUGGCUAAUUCCGGGCUUCUCCUGUAGGCCAAUCAGGUUGUGGAUUCACUUCCACCUGGAGCUGGAUUGGGUGGCUCCUGUGGACCAGUCAUACUGCUGCAUUGUUCUAGGACCAAUCAGACUGCUGCAUUUUGGAUCCUAUCGUUCUAGGACCAAUCAGACUGCUGCAUUUUGGAUCCUGUUCAACUCAGUACAUAACACUGCUGGAAUUCUUUUAGAAGAGGCGACAAAACAAAUAGGUCUGCAUGCCAGGGGAAGCGAUGCUUCUUUCAAGCCUCUCUUUAAAAUAAUACGAGGAAUUCCACAUCAUGGUAAAUUGAUGGUUCAGAGCAUUCCAGCUUAUCAGACGUGAUGCUUCCCCCACAUCCCCUUGCACACUGUUCUGGGGCUCCUCCUGACAACCCUGUCAGCCAAUUUCAGGGGGUGCCUGUGGAGAGGGGGAGGAGGUGAGACCCCAUUGUGCAAUCCAGUGUUGUAUAUGCACAAAGUAUCAAAUGUGGUGACAGUAAUAAUAAUGCAACAAAACAACAAAGUGGCUUAUAAGUAUAAAUCAAAUUUGCUAGAAUAGAGAUAGACUUGUAACCAUUCAAGAAGCAACAAACAUACUAAGGUGCCAUGUGCAAAACAAAGCCUGGAGAUACUGUAAACAUGGAGUGGAUAAGUGUACAACUGCAUCUUAACAAGUUACAUGUGCAAUAAACGUUAUAAACCGUUUUGUAUGACCGGCUUUUCAGACUGAUGAAGCGUGCAGCGAAACCUGUAAUAUAUCCGGAGAACAGAUCUCCUUUUGCCCACUUGCGCUAUUCUCACCAGGGUGGUGGCUUUGAAUUGCCUUCCUGUGAUUGAUCCAUGCAUACGGCUUUGUGUUUCCAACUCAAGACCCAUUGAAGAACAUCUCAUCCAGUUCAAUCUUUGAAAAACAGCUUUGAAAAACUUUUUCAUAUUCUCCAGUGUGCUACCCUUGCCAUUGUGGUGGCACGGGGUUGCCAUUCUGUGAUUGGACUUACGCUACUUGUUGAACGGUUCAUUUAUCCAGUCUGUAUAACGUAUACUGCACAUGUAACUUGUUAAGAUACAGUUGUACAUUUAUCCACUCCAUGUUUGCAGUAUCUUCAGGCUUUGUUUUGCACAUGGCACCUUAGUAUAUUUGUUGCUUGAAUGGUUACAAGUCUAUCGCUAUUCUAGCUAUUAUUCUAGUAAAUUUGUUUUUAUACUUAUAAGCCAGUUUGUGGUGGUGUUGUUUUGUUGUAAUCCAGUGAUAGCCAAACUUGGCACUCAAGCUGUUUUGGGAUUUCAGCUCCCAUCAUCCCUUGCUAACAGGACCAGUGGUCAAGGAUGAUGGGAAUUGUAGUCCCAAAACAGCUGGAGGGCUAAGUUUGGCCAUCACUGGUGUAAGCAGUAGUCCUACCCUAUAUGUUUUUCCAUCCCAGGUGAGGUGGAAAGAUUCCAUUUCCCCCUAAACCACAGACAUCAUGCAGAAGACCUCUUAUUUUGGCAUAGAAGCAGCAUAUGAAAUAAAUACAGCUGGACUUAACCCCACCAGGGAGCCAGGUCUGCUUGGAAUAGCAGCAGAAAAUAGGCCUUCACUGUGGUUAUGGUCUUUCAAGAGGGGAAGUCCUUUUCCCCCUUCUUUUUUAAUGGGAGGAAUGUGGAAAUUGGGAAAUCCCUGUAUACCUGAAGGACCCCCAUAGUCCAGCCUGGACACUAAAGUCCAGCACCAAGGACCUACUGGCAGUUCCCUCACUGCAAGACAUGAAUCCACAAGGAACCAGGCAGAGGGCCUUUUCUGUAGUGGCUCCUGCCCUGUGGAACACCCUCCGGUCAGAUGUCAAGGGGGAAAAAAAACAACUAUCUGUCUUUUAGAAGACAUCUGAAGGCAGCCCUGUUUAGGGAAGUUUUUAAUGUUUGAUAUUUUACCAUGUUUGAUGUUUUAAUUUGUUGGAAGCCACCCAGUCAGACUGGCGGCCUAGAAUACUAAUACUAAUACUAAUACUAAUACUAAUACUAAUACAGUGGUACCUCGGGUUACAGACGCUUCAGGUCACAGACUCCACUAACCCAGAAAUAGUACCUCGGGUUAAGAACUUUGCUUCAGGAUGAGAACAGAAAUUGCGUGGCGGUGGCAGUGUGGCAGCAGCAGGAGGCCCCAUUAGCUAAAGUGGUCCCUCAGGUUAAGAACAGUUUCAAGUUAAGAAUGGACUUCCAGAAUGAAUUAAGUUCUUAACCUGAGGUACCACUGUACUAAUACUAAUACCAGGUAAUGAACUAGGUCUGAUGAGAAAUGUAGACAGUCCUCUUUUACAUGGGGGCGUGGGAGAGAGGAUUCUUCACCCAAGACAACUUGGUCACGUUUUCCCAAAUUUUCUCCUUCCUCCACCCCCACCCUGGAUAGCGGAUACUGUGCCCAGAGUUUGAAGAGGAUGAGGAUGAACAUGAACAUGAGGUUCACGAACAUGAGGUUCACGAACAUGAACAUGAGCACGAACAUGAGCAUGAGCAUGAACAUGGGCAUGAACAUGAGCACGAACAUGAACACGGGCAUGAACAUGAGCACGAACAUGAACACGGGCAUGAACAUGAGCACGAACAUGAACACCGGCAUGAACAUGAGCAUGAGCAUGAACAUGAGUACGAACACAUGCACAGACAUGAAGACGAGUACGAGGAUCAAGACGAAGUCAAUGCCGUUUCUCCAUCCCCAAGCCAGUUGCGUAACAUGGCGCCAAUAGACCAUAGUGCCACACCCUCCCGCGACGCCCGCCUCCGCUCCAACAUCGACGCCAUUUUGAAAUAUUCCUUUGCCGUCUCAGGCCAGGAGCCCGUGGCCAGGGAACGCUCCUUCUCAACUCCCUCCAGCACGCCGGACUACGUGAGUGCCGUGCUCGUUGCGGCCACUGCGGAAGCCGUGUCCACCACCGAAAUGGCUGCCUCCGAAACUGAAGAGCCGUCAGUCACCAAGGGGCUCUCAAACCAGCAGCUCCACAAGAGCAUCCACCGCCUGAUCGGCAUGGCCUUCUCCCUGGAGCAGUCCCUGAAUGCCGAGAACGCGCAGCCUUACAAAGGAUCAAAGGAAGGAGGCAGAGAAGGAGACCUGAAUAUGCUGACUAGCCAGGAAGGGUCCGGUUCCAAGGGGAGGUAAGGGCAAGUCUUGCUCCCAGGCCAAAAGUAGUAACGUUUGCUGAGGAAAACAGGCCCCCAAAGCACAGGCGGCAGGGCCUAGAGGAAGAUGCCUAGCGAUGGGACACCUUUGUUGUCAGCUCCCACUGGCUCCUCCCUUUCGUUUCCCCUCAUUAUAUUGACUAAAUAUAUAUUUCUAUAUUUCCAAAAUGCUUGUGUGGACUAAAGUUUUAAGUAGAAAAUAAAAAGUGCAUUGAGGACAAAUAAUGUGGAAAGUCCUAAAGUUUAUUUUCAAGACGUGCUUCUUCAACUCGGUCAGCAUAGUCACCCCAACAGACAAUGUACAGGGUUUGGGUAUUCUGGCACACUGCAAAGCCAUACAACUGAGUCACCCUCAUCAUUCCUCUGCUCUCAGUUUACUCCCUGCUGCCUCCUUCCCAGAUCUCCUACAUCACCAAUCCAUGUUCCUCUUAAUUGUUGAAUGUAAGGUGCUUUCUGGUCAGGAAUUGCAUACACGCUUUAUUUUGUACAGGGCCUAGCACCCUAUGAGUGCUAAAUCAGUGUGUGGAUGAGCGACAGCUGCAUUGCUUUGUUUUAUGAGGGAAAUCGUUGGCUCUCCAUAUCCUUACUCCUUUAAAAACAACUUACCCAAAGGUAUACAAAAUUAUUGACAUUGAUGCAACACUUCAGCUCCCAGUUUGGACCAGUCUAGCAGUUCCUCAGUUAUUUAUCCAUUUUGAUGGCCAUGUUACAAAUAGCCACAAGCCCACACACUCUAAAACCAAGUAAAAAACACGGAAGACCAAAUCCACUCACUUUUAAGAAGAGAGAAAGAGCAGCUACUUCAGGGAAGAGUGGAUUCUAAGGGUGCGUAACUGUUUCAUAAUGAGCAAAGAAUUAAACUUCGGUUGAUGUUUUAGAUGCAAUGGAAUGACUUUUCCUGAGUAAUUAAUAGGUACAAAUGGGUUCAUUGUCAUCCCAUUUAUACCCAUUUGAGGGCUGGGACUUUAUCUUUCCCUAAGAGUGGCAGCAGCUCAUUUUGGGGACUUCCACUUCUUUUUCGGAGACUUCUUUGAACAUCGUGUCAUUUGGAGAGAAAGGGUUGGUGCUAAUGGAACUUGCCUUUUCCACUACCCCCCCCCCCAAAUGUCCCACAAUGAUGCAAUUCUCAGAGCAUUCUGGGAAAUUAUAAUGGCAGCUUCCCCAAAUCAGCUCUGUUGCCGCUGACCCAGGAAGCAGCAGCGACAACAAAAAGUUGAAACGCAAACAAGAAGCCAUGAAUGUGGGAAGAAAUGUGGUUUGAAUGAACGAAUAACGGGUUGAGCGAAGUUUCAAAUAAAGAAACGGGGGGGGGGAGCACAUCCUCAGGUGAUGUUGAGCACAGGAGCGAUGGGGAGAAAGGAAUCGGUACUUGUAGGUGUUGUCAGGCGCUAGUUGAUGCUCACAGCCCUACAGGGGGCAAACAUCCUGUUCAUUAUUGUCACCUGUUCAGCUACCUUCUCAAAAAAUGCAAGCAAUGAGAAGAGCAAAGUGAAGAGCAGUAGUCUCCACUUCCCUCCUGCCUUCCUCCUACCCUGGGAGUUGUAGGGAUUGGGCCCAGGACAACAAGGCAAAGGAGUAGGUUGUGGUGCCUUGGUGAGGAGAAGGGAGACCCACAAAGAUGGGGGACAUGCUACCCAAGGGUCCUCCAAACCCUGGAUCUGGAACUAAGGGGACUAAUGUUCUCCUUACCUGCCUCGUUUUUCCUCCAGAACCCCUCCUCCUCCUUUCCCCUAGUCAUACAUUUCUUCUUAAAAAACAAAAAAACAAAGACAUUUGUCAGGGUUUCAUAUCUGCACAUUUGUUAGGACCCAAGAGUUUGCUGGUGUAUCCUGCUAGAGUGUUAAUGUAUCCCAAGCCUUUGGCAGUUCCACACUUUCAGAUAAUGCAUUGCAAAACCAUAGAGCACAAUUAGAUUUUCUGGCAGCUGUAGGUGGAGCUUAAAGGAGCAUGUUGCGAAUUUUUCAAAAGCAACAUCUGUGGUUGGCAUUCAGCAUUGCACUAAGACGAUCAUUCCAUCAAGGCAAAGAUUUCUGCUUGCCAAAUGGAAUGUUCUCCCGUCUCCACAUCCCGCACACUGUUCUGCAGGAUUCUCCAGACAGAUUUCAGAGUGGAUUUCAGAGAGGGGGGAAGGGAGGAAAUCCCCAUUGUGCUAGUAGGAACCCAGCCCUAUAUGUUGGCAUCAGUUAUUUAGUAACCUAAACAACUGCAUAUUCAAUCAUAUGUAAGGUCUAUUUUAAAAUUGUCAACUUCUUUUGCUAAUUUUCCAAUUGCAUGGGCAUUUCUCUCUUUUUGCCAGUCACCAUCCACGAUGGCCCAUUCACUCAAACAAGGCAUCACUUGAUUACUUGUCUGUAAUUGAAAAAAACAUGCACAUAUUCUGACGGCCCAUCAAUGUGGCGGUAUGGUAAUAGGACUCUCUGUGGAUUACCAUUUAUAGGUUCCUCCAAAGCAUAGGUUUCCUCCUUUAUGGGACCCAGGGAAAACUAUUUUGUGAGGCUCUGCAUUACGCCAUAGGGGCACUUGUCCUGUGGAUUUACCGUAUUUUUUGCUCUAUAAGACUCACUUUUUCCCUCCUAAAAAGUAAGGGGAAAUGUGUGUGCAUCUUGUGGAGUGAAUGCAGGCUGCACAGCUAUCCCAGAAGCCAGAACAGCAAGAGGGAUUGCUGCUUUCACUGCAACGAUCCUUCUUGCUGUUCUGGCUUCUGAGAUUCAGAAUAUUUUUUUUCUUGUUUUCCUCCUCCAAAAACUAGGUGCGUCUUGUGUUCUGGUGCGUCUUAUAGAGCGAAAAAUAUGGUAAAUAAGGACCUCUUCUGAGGCUCAAAUAAGGCAUGAGAGUAGAUACGGGUUUGCCACUGAAAAUGGCAGUUGGAUAUCAACUUCCCCUUCCUCUAUCUACUUAGAUAGCGCAGCAUGCAUUUCCCCACACAUGAGUCAUCUUAGUCCCAUGUUUCCUUAAUUAGUUACAGUGAGAAGGGGGCGGGGAUUGACAUAGAAGGCUGCCAUUUUCAGCGGUUUCUUCUUGGGCUGAUGAGCACCCAGGUAUCGGAGCUGCCUCUAAGAGAUAUUGUGAGGGGGUUGGGAGAUCAAAAUGGCCGCCCUCCUUCUCACAAUUGCCUUCUCUCCGUUUCUCCUUUGUUGCCUUAGCCUCUUAGCUCUUGACAAGGAAGAAGCUCUGGUGAUUCUCUGCUAUGCAGUGCUGCAAGACAUUUGCAUAUCCUCAGCUGUUAGCAAGGCCUGGAAACAAAUGGAGUCAAAAACCUUUGGCUUUGGGGAUUUGGUAAGCUCCCUGCUGGAUGCCAGUUUCAUACCUUCUCACAGCAGAGCCCAGCAGUUGAUAAAUGGGGAGAUCUCCAAGCCCACCUUAAAUUUCGGUGCCACCUUCUGAGCUAGUAAGAGGUCUUGAUAAGAGGAGGAGGGGAGGCAGAACUUUAUUUGUGAAUUUAUAAUCUUCACUUUCAUUUUAAAAUGAAUGCAGCAAAGCGGAAUGCAACAUAUAAAAAUAAAAUAAAAAAUAGAUCGUCCAUACAAAACAUAACAACAACAAAAAGAACAUUCAUGUGGUAAAUGCCUGUCUAUACAAAGGUUUCAAAAAACUUCUGAGGGAAGAAUAAGCAGUUCCACAGGGCAGGGCUCAGCACACGAAAGGAUCAGUCUCUAGUGAUGGUCAACCAGGGCUCAGGGGCGUGUGGCACCACCAGAAGUGUCCCAUCAGAAGAUCUCAGUGACUGAAGUGGAACACAGGAAUCAGACAACUGGCACCCAAGUUAUUUAGGCCUUUGAGAAUUCACACAAGUACCGUGAACCUGGCCUAGCAGCAAAUCAAUUUUUGGAUCCAGUUAAACCACAGAGCCUAGGACUUGCCGAUCAGAAGGUCGGCAGUUCGAAUCCCCGCGAUGGGGUGAGCUCCCGUUGCUCGGUCCCUGCUCCUGCCAACCUAGCCGUUCGAAAGCACGUCAAAGUGCAAGUAGAUAAAUAGGUACUGCUCCGGCGGGAAGGUAAACGGCGUUCCCGUGAGCUGCUCUGGUUCGCCAGAAGCGGCUUUGUCAUGCUGGCCACAUGACCUGGAAGCUGUACGCCAGCUCCCUCGGCCAAUAAAGUGAGAUGAGCGCCGCAAACCCAGAGUCGGUCACGACUGGACCUAAUGGUCAGGACUCCCUUUACCUUUACCUCAGUUACAAGGGCAUAUCCUCCAAGCGCCCCUUUUUUCCAGGGACAGUCCUGGAAUCACGAAAGCCAUCCUGGCUUUUGACUUGAUCGCAAAAUGUCCCUGUUUCCCCUGCCCAUGGUGCUGCCACUGAGCUCAGAGAGAAGGAUGAGCCAGCGCUUGUCCCAAGCAACAGCAGUGGCAGCUGUGAAGGAGAAUCUCGUGGGCUCUCUAUGGCUGCCACUUCCAGCCUCCUCUCUUGGGCAGCUCCUAGCAGCUGCUGGAGAGUGGGUGAGGAGGAGGAGAAGCCGCCAGACAUUUGUCCCUAUUUUCAUCUGAGGAACGUUGCAGGGUAGGCAAGGCGCCGCACUCUGAACAGAAGGACCGACAUGUUGGGAAGGACUGCGCCCGCAACAGUGGUUUGCCACAUGCUUCAAGACAGAGAGGUAGAUUGUUCCAGCAGGCGCAGCUAUGUUUUGGUCCUUCUCAUUGCUCCAUCACUCCCUAGGUGUGUGAUAGCCUUGGCCGACGCCAUGCCGACAUGUGCUCUGAGUGUGCUUUCUGCUCCCUGAAGACAGAGCAGUGCCAAGGAGCCUCCAAUCUGAAGCGUACCCACUGUGUUGGUGGCAUAUUCACAUCCUACAUCAACCCAGGGAUCUUGGCUCAACACCAGGCUAUGCAUUCCAGGGUAAGCCAAACAUUUAGGUUGCCCAGAUAUUAGAGAAAGCUUCACUUACGGACAAGUUCCAUUGAUUCCGCUUCUUUCCCUCCUCCUCAUUUUUUACCACCAGGUCCCCACAGGGGUAGAAGAGUAUUUUGGGGUUGAGACAUAUGCAGGCUUGAAAGCAGACUAUUGGUGUGGUCGCUUGGCUGCUCAUGGCUGUGAUGAUUAUCGGGUGUCUCUGUGGUUGAAGACGGAGUAUUCCUCCUUCCAAAAAGGAGAUUUCCCAAAAGAAGUGAGUAUUAAUGGAAUAUCUGUCCCUUGCCCCCAUCACGUUGGUUUGUUCCUGUCACCCCCGCCACCUUGACAUUUCCUUCUUCCCAGGUCUGCGACUCGACAGGAGUUCAACACCCCACCUACUGCGCUUUCAAGAGCAAGCAGUGUCUGAAAGACAGCCAUGCUGGAGAGAAGGUGGGAGAUGACACCUUCAAGUUCCCUUCUUGAAGCUUAAGUAUAAGAAAUCAGUUGUUUGUUGAGUGCUCCCUCAUUACGGAAAGGCAAAGCUUCUCCUCGUCCCGUUCCUUUCAACUAAAAAGAAAAGAGGUAGAAAGCAACAAGGCUGUCUUUGUUUAGUCGGAUCAUGCAUUGAGGGCUGAUCCAGACUUCCUUUUGUGCCAUGUUUCUGGGCACAGGUCUGCAUUUUCAAGCACUGUGCCUGAGCAUUUGCUUGUUUUUGUCAUGGCGAUUUCCCCAGGAGCACCUGCGUUUUACUGAGAAGAAAAGGUACAGUUAUAGGGGCAGAUGGGGCUUGUCAGCCUGGGAAGGUAGAAGGAAAACUGUGAUCCUAAACCUUGCAGCAUAUCUUUGGGAGAAGAAAAAACUCAGGAGUAAAAAGCAGAGACAUCACCUUGCCAACAAAGGUCUGUAUCGUGAAAGCUAUGGUUUUCCCAGUAGUGAUGUAUGGAAGUGAGAGCUGGACCAUAAAGAAGGCGGAUCGCCGAAGAAUUGGUGCUUUUGAAUUCUAGUGCUGGAGGAGACUCUUGAGAGUCCCAUGGACUGCAAGAAGAUCAAACCUCUCCAUUCUGAAGGAAAUCAGCCCUGAGUGCUCACUGAAAGGACAGAUCGUGAAGCUGAGGCUCCAAGACUUUGGCCACCUCAGGAGAAGAGAAGACUCCCUGGAAAAGACCCUGAUGCUGGGAAAGAUGGAGGGCACAAGGAGAAGGGGACGACAGAGGACGAGAUGGUGGGACAGUGUUCUCGAAGCUACCAGCAUGAGUUUGACCAAACUGCGGGAGGCAGUGGAAGACAGGAGGGCCUGGCAUGCUCUGGUCCAGGGGGUCAUGAAGAGGCGGACACGACUAAGCAACUAAACAACAACAACAAACCCUACACAAAUCCGGUGUGGCGUCCCUAAGACAUUUGGAUGGCACCUUGUACGCCUCCUUCUGGCAAGUCCUAUAGCCAAGCUGGUGCCAAACGUAUUGCUCUGCUUUCCUCUGGAGCACACCAGAGAGACCGAGAAUGGCGUCUUGUCAUCCAGACAGCCCAGGAUUUCCAUGCACACUGCCCAGGCUUGCACCCUGGGGGAAGUCUUUUUUUGCUGCUGAAUCAAUGUGAUUUUCCAUGGAUUGCUGCUUGCUCCAAUUCAGUGGUAAAAUGCAGGUUUCCCCUGGGAAAACAAAAACCACUUGGACAUGGAGCUUUAAAGCUCAGACCUGUGCCUGGAAAGUGUGGCCCAACAAGAAAUCUGGAGGAGCCCUUAGCUGCUCUUUUGCAAGUAAUUUCCGACUAGUCAGCAGCUCUGUUACCCAUCUUGGUUCAGUCUUUGCAGAGUACAGUGGUACCUCUGGUUGCGAACGGGAUCCGUUCUGGAGGCCCGUUCACAACCUGAAAAGAACGCAACCCGCAUCUGUGUAUGCGCGGGUUGCAAUUCGCCGCUUCUGCGCAUGCGCGUGACAUCCUUUUGCGUGUCUGUGCAUGCACAAGCGGCGAAACCUGGAAGUAACCCUUUCGGGUACUUCCGGACUCAACCUGAAAACGCACAACCUGAAGCAAACGUAACAUGAGGUAUGACAGUGUCCAGGCUCUGCCACAUACUUCCUCCUAUGUCCCAUGUUUAUUCUUUCCAGGAACUUCUAAAAAACGUGCAGGGCAACUUUAGCCCUCCAGAAGUUGCUGAACUACAACUGCCAUUGCAAUUGAGGGGAGUUGUAGCAACAUCUGGAGGACCAAGGCUUCCCCACACCAGUUCUAAAGGAUGCCAAGUUCCACUUGGCUAGUAGUGGCAAACUUUGGUCUCUCAAAUUUCAGCGGCACCCUGUGUGAAUCUAACACCUGGUGCCCUCCCCUGCCUCUUGUGCUCUGUUCUACAGCACUGUUAUGGUGCCCCCUGCAGCGCAGCACCCAGUGCAAACCAAGCUGGUGGCUUUACCCUAACCCUGUGGUUAGUUUGGGGCAAGGUGAUUUGAUCCUUCGUCAGAAGUGGAGAAGACAGCUCUAACGUUCUGUUCUUCUUUCACCCCUCAGGUGAUGCGGAAGCCUUGCCAGAAACACCAGACUUACCGAGUGCUAAGUAGGGAGGAAGGGGAAGAGGAAGUGGUGCUUUGGAACAAGAAAUUCUUUCUCAGUAAUGGAGAGGGGAGAGAGUGA